AUGGCCGGGGCCCGGGGCUGGCUGUGCCUGGGCUUGUGCUUGGCGGUGCUGGCGGCCUUCCUGGCCGGGGUCCUGGCGGGCUGGAUGGCGAAGCUGCUGGAGGGAGCAGCCCGGGCGCCGGGCCGGCACCAGAGCGUCCGCGGGAAGCUGGUCUCGGGGAUGGACGCCGGGAGCAUCAGGUCCUUCCUCCGUUCGUUUACAAAGCUCCCUCACCUGGCCGGAACAGAACAGAACUUCCUGCUUGCCAAGAAAAUCCAAAGCCAGUGGGAGGAAUUUGGACUGGAUGCAGUCAAGCUGGUUCAUUACGACGUUCUCCUGUCUUACCCCAACGAGACGAACCCCAACUACGUGUCGGCCGUGGACGCACAGGGGCUGGAGAUUUUCAAGACCUCAGGCCUCGAGGCAGCACCAGGCGGCUAUGAGAACGUCACAAAUAUCGUCCCGCCAUAUAACGCCUUCUCAGCUCAGGGCACGCCAGAGGGGGACCUCGUGUACGUGAACUACGGGCGCACCGAGGACUUCCUGCGGCUGGAGAGGGAGAUGGGCAUCAGCUGCGCCGGGAGGAUCGUCCUCGCCAGAUACGGGAAGGUCUUCAGAGGAAACAAGGUCAAGAACGCCGCAGCGGCGGGGGCCUCAGGAGUCAUCUUGUUCUCAGACCCGGCCGACUACUCUGCGCCUGGGGUGCAGCCGUACCCCGAAGGGUGGAGCCUGCCUGGGACCGCUGUCCAGAGAGGCAACGUGUUGAACCUGGACGGCGCGGGGGACCCGCUCACCCCGGGCUACCCAGCCAAAGAGUAUGCCUUCAGACUUGAUGCAGAAGAAGGAGUGGGGAUCCCCCAAAUCCCGGUACAUCCCAUCGGGUAUCAUGAUGCAGAAAUACUAUUACGCCACAUGGGGGGCGCGGCCCCGCCGGACACGAGCUGGAAGGGGCGCCUGGAUGUGGCCUACAACAUCGGGCCGGGCUUCUCAGGGGAGGCUUCUUUCAGGAAGGUUAGAAUGCAUGUUCACAAUACCAAUAAAAUCACAAGAAUUUACAAUGUCAUCGGAACUAUCAGAGGAGCUGUGGAACCUGACAGGUACGUCAUCCUGGGAGGCCAUCGGGACUCCUGGGUGUUCGGCGCAAUCGACCCGACCAGUGGGGCUGCGGCCCUGCAGGAGAUUGUGCGGAGUUUUGGGAAACUGAUGAGCGGAGGCUGGAGGCCGAGGAGAACGCUCAUCUUCGCCAGCUGGGAUGCAGAAGAAUUUGGACUUCUGGGUUCCACAGAAUGGGCUGAGGAGAACGCGAAGACACUGCAGGCGAGAAGCGUCGCCUACAUCAACUCAGACUCCUCCAUAGAAGGCAAUUACACGCUCAGAGUGGACUGCACGCCCCUUCUCCACCAGCUGGUAUACAAGCUGACAAAGGAGAUUUCCAGCCCCGACGACGGCUUUGAGAGCAGGUCACUCUAUGAAAGCUGGCUGGAAAAGGACCCGUCGCCAGAAGAUGGACGUGUCCCCAGGAUCAACAAGCUUGGGUCCGGCAGUGACUUUGAGACUUAUUUUCAGAGACUCGGAAUCGCGUCGGGCAGGGCCCGCUACACCAAGAACAGGAAAACAGACACCUACAGCAGCUACCCGGUCUACCACACGGCCUACGAGACGUUCGAGCUGGUGGAGCAGUUUUACGACCCCACGUUUAGGAAGCAGCUCGCCGUGGCCCAGCUGCGCGGGGCCCUGGUCUACGAGCUGGCGGACUCCGCGGUCAUCCCUUUCGACGCGCGCGACUACGCGGCGGCGCUGAGGGGCUACGCGACCAGCAUCUACAGCCUGGCCCGGAGGCACGCCCCGCAGCUGGCCGCGCACGGGGUGUCCUUCGAUUCCUUGUUUUCUGCCGUGAGCAACUUCUCAGAGGCUGCUUCCGAGUUUCACCGGAGACUCCUGCAAGUGGAUCUCGAUAACCCCCUGGCGCUGCGGGCCGCGAACGACCAGCUCAUGCUCCUGGAGAGGGCGUUCGUCGACCCCCUGGGCCUGCCCGGGCGGCGCUUCUACAGGCACGUCAUCUCUGCGCCCAGCAGCCACAACAAGUACGCCGGGGAGUCCUUUCCCGGCAUCUACGACGCCCUGUUUGACAUUGAGCGCAAGGCCGACCCCCGCGCAGCCUGGAAGGAGGUGAAGAGGCACAUCGCCGUGGCAGCCUUCACGGUGCAGGCGGCCGCGGGGACCCUGGCGGAGGGGCUGUAGGGGCCGGGAGGCCGCGUGGGACGUGGCACCGUGUCUGAGGACCCUUUGUCCUUCUUUUCGAUGACUCAGACCUCCUGAAAAGCAAGCGUCCGUGUCAUCUUCUUACUUUAGACUGCACCUUGUUCACCUGCAAAGGGAGUGUUUUGGCUCUUUAACAGUUGCUAGCUUCAUCACAAAAGUGUACUUAAUAAAACAAAAAAGCUCCAAUCAAAUAGCAAAAGCUUAAAGUAACUGAAAGUUCGCCCAGAACAUGGCGCGGACGUGAAGCCUGACUCUGCUGGCGGCAUGUGAAGGGUGUGAACCGCUAAGGAAAACGGCAGCUCGCGUAACACGGAGCACGCUAGUGGGUGCGCCGGCGGCUUCUGGACCUUUCC